AAUACUUGUCAAGGCGUCUGCUUGACAGGGCUGUCUAGCGGGGCACAGUUUUUAAACUUGGCGGGACCGGGGUCCUUGGAGGGCGCGAGUCACACCUCGGGUUCUCUAAACGGAUGAGUGCGAGUUAAAUCGUUAUGUAGCCUCAAUACAUACUGGGCGAGGGAGUUGCAGUCCCCGACAGCUUUGUUGUUUGCGCAGCUGCUUGAGACACAAUGCGCGGCCUUGCGCUUGACUCAGACAUUGAGGACACGCCACAGAAGGAGGCGGCCCGACCUCGGGACACUGCCUUGGCGCCUCGAGACAGGGAGGAUGCCAACGCAGCGGAUACAGCACCGGCUGCGCGGGAGACCGCACCGGCUGCACGGCAGUCCCGGUUGCGUCUCGUCGCCAAGCCCGCGCCAAAAGCGGCCCAGCCGGACGCCAGCACGCUGCCAGGUGGCACCGCUGGACGUGACACCAUGGCAGCCACCCCAGAGCCAUGCCCGGCGGUCGCCAUGACUCCCCCUGAGCAAGGCGCCGAGGGGCAGCAGACUGCCGGUGCCUCCCGAGCACCGGGUGAGGUGCAACCAGCGGCAGCACCAGCGGCGGCAGCGAAGCCCAGUCGCCAAAAGCAGGCAAAGCCAAAGGCCGGCCCGGGCUCCGUCGCCGCCGCAGGAGGCAAGGGUGUCGGCUCGGGCGCUGGCGGCGCCCCUGACAAAGCCAGUGCUGGCGCUGUCCCUGGCGCAGCCGCCAUUGCUGACGAGACCGCGGCGCCCCAGACCGCAGCGCCUGCAGCUGAGGCUGAAGUCCAGGCACCGCCCGCCGCCGCCGCCGCGCCGCCGGCCAAGCGGUCGGUCCAGGCCAAGCUCAACUUCUUUGCGCCUCAGGUGCGCCGCGCAGUCGUGAAGGACUUCCCGGCGUUGACCCCACCCCAGCAGGAACAGCAGCCACAGCAACCCGAGCAGCAGCCCCCACAGCAGCCACUGCCGCAGCAGCCGGCAGUGGUGGCGGUCGUGCCGGACCCGGUUGGGGAGGGCGCUGCAGUCGGGUCCGAGUCUGGCGUGGGCUCAGGCCAGGUCGUCGCGGGGGUGGCAGGAGACGUGGCGGCGGCAGGGGCAAGAGGCGCGGACGACAGCGGGGUGCCAUUGCCGGCGGCGGGAGGGCAGAAUGGAGUGGCGGCAACUGGCGGAGCCGAGGUUGCGUCAGGCACUCCGGUUGCAAUCGACCUGACCAACAGCGGCGAUGCGGCAACUGUUGCUGUGAUCGGCGCUGCUACAGCCGCCGCCGCUGCAGCGGCUGCUGGGGCGCCGGCUGUAGCAGCUCCGGCUGCUGCGCCGCGGCCUCAGCCGGCCGCACAGCAGCGGCCUCGCAAACAGGCGCUGCUGCCCGGCGCCAAACCCCCACAGCCUCCUCCUGCUCCUGCUCCUGCUCCUCCUGCUCCCGCGCCUGCUGCCGCCCCAGCACCCCUGGCGGCGGCGCCGGGCUCGGCGGUGACAGGCUCAGCUUCGGAGCCCGAUGCCGCCGAGGUUGCUGCAGCUGCGCCAGCUGCUGUUGAUCUUGCUGCUACUGCUGCACUUGCUGCGGCUGGGGAACCAAAGGCGGCGGGCUCGCCGGGGCGCGCCGGCCGGGGCCGGGGCCGGGACUCAGCCGGCGCAAGUGGGCGUGGCGGCGGCAGGGCCGCCCUGGCUGCGGGCUCGGAGCGGGGCCGCGGUGCACGGGGCGGCCGUGGUGGCCGCGGCAGGGGCGGGCGCGGGCGCGGGACGCGCGCUUCCGGCGCGCUGUCAGACGGCGACGAGGCUGUGCUUAGCGAUGACCCCAUAGAAAGCGCGAGCGACAGCGAGGGCUCAGCGGGCUCGGAUUUCAGGCCCUCGGGCGCGGCUCGUGGCGGCGCCGGGGCGCAGGGGCGAGGCCGCGGCCGGGGGCGGGGCGGCUCGCAGUCUGCGCCCAGCAGUCCGCAGCGCGGCGGCCGCGGCGGGGCAGCGGCGGGGCCGGGGCGGGCCGGCCGGCCGCGGCGGGGCAGCGCCGCGGCUGCCGCCGACAUGGCCGCAGCAGCUGAUGCGCGGGUGCUGGAGCAGUGGGGAAAGGCGGAGGCUGGUGGCGCGCCGGCUGCGGUGCCGCUACGCGGCAAGCAGGAGGACGGCACGGCAGGGGCCGCAUCUCAGCAAGCGGCUGCAGCAGCUGGCGCCUGCCUGAAGUCCGCUGCCGCGCCCGCACCCCGGGCGCAGCAUGCUGACAAGGCCAAGGAGAAUGUGCCGGCGGGGGCUGACGCCGGGGCUGGCAACGGCGGGGCUGCGGCCGCGCAGCCGACGCAGGCUGCUGCAGGAGCAGGGCCCGGGGCAGGAGCGGGGCCCGUCAAUGAAAUGUUUCUUUCCGUUGCGGAACGCCGGCGGCGGCAGAAGGAGCGGCAGGCGGCCGAGGCAGCGGCGCGGGAGCAGGCGGCGGAGGCGGCACGCCAGGAAGGGGAGGCGGCGCGGCUGGCAGAAGAGGAGGUGGAGAGGGCCAAGCAGCAGGAGCGCGAACGCGAGCGGGAGGAGCGCCGUCGGGCCACCGCCGCCGCGCCAGCUGCCGCUGAAGCCGGCGGCAGCGCUCCUGACAGCAUCGAUCUGUCGGGCUCGCCAAAGGCCAAGCCAGCGGCCGAGGGUGCGGCAGUGAAUCCUUUCUUCAGGGCACGCAAGCGGGCUGAGCCGCCGGCGGGCGGCGAGGCCGGCGGCGCGGUGAAGCGUGCGGCGCUCGGCGGUGGCCGUGGUCUGGGGCUAGCCGUGGCGCCUGUGCACGUGUUGCAGCUGCAGGCCCAGGUGCCCAUUGCUGCUGCUGCUGUAGAGGCCGCGGGGAGCGCAGCCGGCGGUGAUGCGGCUGCGGCCGCUGGGGCGGCGGCGACGGCGACGGCGGAGGGCGCGGGCGGCCCGGCUGGGGUGUCGCGGUUGGUGAUGCCGAUGCUGGGGCCGGAGGGCGAAGCCGCGGCAAGGGCGCGGUUCGCCGCCGCCACAGGCGGCGCGUCGUCGUCGCCAUUGGAUGCUGCAAAGACUGAGGAUGCCGAUGCCGCCAUUACGCUGGUGCUGGCAACGACCCAGAAGGCACAGCGUCAGCGUGCCGGGUUUGGACUUGAAAGGACGGGCCUGGAUGCGCGCCCUGGCCGCGAUGCCGCAGCCGCGAUGCCAAAGCUGAGCAUGGCUGCUGCCGCUGCCGCUGCUGCCGGCUUGGAGGCGAUGUCGCCAGCGGUGCAGGCUGUAGCAGCUGCGGCGGCGCCGAGCGGGCUGGCGGCGGCGCUGGUGGGUGAGCUUGCGGUGUAUCUGGAGGCGAGCGAGCGGCAGCAGCAGGCGGCGGCGGCAGGCGGCGCGGACACAGAUAUGCAGCUGCUGGACCUGCCCAGUCGCGAGGACCUGCUGCAUCAGCUGGCCAGUGAGCUGGCGCGCCGCCGCCGCCGCAUGGAGGGCGCCGGCUCCACAGCAGCAACAGCAGGAGCGGCAGCGACAGGAGGAGCAGUGGCGGCUGCCGCGGCGCAGCCGGCAGAGGCGGCAGCGGCAGCGGCAGGUGUGCUGCCGCAGGGUCUGGGCCCGGCUGGCGGCGGCGGCGGCGGCGGCGGUGCGGACCAGCUGUGGUGUGCGGCGCAGCAGCCGCUGAGCGCAGCGGAGAUGUGCGGCAAUGCGGCACAGAUGGGCCGGCUGCGCGAGUGGCUGGCGCAGUGGCGCGAUGUCAUCAAGGCGGAAGGCAGCCGAGCAGAGCGCAAACAGCAACAGGGCCGGCAGCAGCAGAGCGGCAGGGGCGGUGGCGGCGGCGGCGGGGGGCGGCGCGGCCGCAGCUACGGCGCCUCAGAUGACGACUCGGACUUCACCACGGGCUACAGCGAUGACGGGUACGACAGCGAUGCAUCGGAUGUGGCGGGCGGCGGCAGCGGCGGCGCGGGCGCGGCCACGUACAAAGGCCUGCCCACCGCAAUGCUGCUGCGCGGCCCGCCCGGCGUGGGCAAGUCGGCGGCCGCCUACGCGCUGGCGGCGGAGCUGGGGUUCCGGGUGCUCGAGGUGAACCCGGGGGCGGACCGCGGCGGAGCGCAGCUGCUGCGGCUGGUGGGCGAGGCAGCAAAGACAAGGCGGUUGACAGCGAUGGCUGGCAAGGCCGUGGCUGGCGCCGAUGCUGCUGCGGCUGGUGACGUAGUGGGCGCGGGAGGGCGCGGUGGCGGCGCCGCCGCCGCGGCAAGCGGCCGCCGCGGCGGCCGCGGCGGUGGCGGGCGGCGGGGUGGGCGGCGCUCAACCGUCACGGACUCGGACGACUCCGGCUCGGGUUCGCCGUCGCCGGGCAAGCGGAAGCGCGGCGGCCGCGGCGGCGCACCCGCCGCCGGCACCACCGCCGCCGGCGCGGCAGCGCCGGCCUCGGCCGCUGCGGCGGCGGCACGCAUGUUCGGUUUUAAGAAGCCGCCGCUGGCUCCAGCCCCGGCUUCAGCGCCGCAGCCGCCUCCCCAGUCUUCGCAACCACCGCAGCCCGCUGCAGCGCCGGCAGGCGCCACCACCACUGCAACCACCGCCACCUCCACACACACCACCUCCGGCGCGCUGCCUAGCUCCAUGAUGACGCUAAUGCUGUUUGAUGAGGCGCACGUGCUGGCGGAGGAGGACAAGGGCUUCUUUGGCGCACUGGCAAGCAUCAUCGCCGGAGCCAAGCGGCCCAUCCUGCUGACGGCCGGCGGCGGGCGUCUGCCGGCGGCGCUGUCCGACCUGGCCGUCACCGAGCUGCACUUCCACGCCCCGGCCGAGCCGGUGCUGCUGCGCACCGUGGCCAUGACGUGCGCCGCCGCCGCCGCGGCUACUGCUGCGGCAGCUGCUACUGCCAAAAGCGUUGUUGCUGCCAAGGGCGCUGCUACUGCCAAGGCGGCGGGCGGCCAGGUAGCGGCCGAGGUGGUGGAUCUCAGCGGCGGCGGCAGCACGGUGGACGACGAUGGGGCGGCGUCCGACGUGGAGCUCGUUGAGCCUCACCCCGGCAGUAGCAGCAGCAGCAGCAGUGGCGGCACGCCGCCGCAGCCGCUACUGCCGGGACUGCUGAUGCUGGUGCGAGGGUGUCAGGGUGACCUUCGCAAGGCGUUGCAGGCCGCGCAGUUCUGGGCAGGGUCGCUCAAGGCUCGGGGCCGUGGCGGCGUGUCGUCGACAGGAGCGCCGCACGCGGCGGUGGCAGCAGCGCGGGCGCACGGCGGUGCCGGGGACGGCGGCAGUGACCCCAGCGGCUGCGGUUUGCGCUACCUCCGUCGCUCCUGCAGCGCAAUGGCGGCAGUGGAUGCGGCGCAGGCUGCUUUGGACGGCGCCGCCGCCGCGCUGGUUGGGUGCGGGCCGGCGGCGGUUGUGGCGGCUGCUGGCGGUGCCCUCGGGGAUCUUGCUGACACAACGGAUCGGAGCUGUGGCUUGGCACUACACGAGCUGUUGCCAUUGCGCGUGUCGUCUUGGCAGCUGCCGGCGGCUGUGGCGGCAGCAGCGGUAGCGGCGGCGGAGGUGGAGGCCACGGGCGAGGCACCUGGCGAUGCGGGGUCGGGCGAGGGGGCAGCCGUGGAGGAGUUCGGGGCGGCUGGCGCGGCGGCGGGGCGGCGGAAGCAGUGGGAAGCGUAUGAGGAGGCUUGCUGCGAGGCCCGCGUCCUCGAGCUUUCCGUGAAGUGGGUACAGUUGACGGUUGCGCGUGCCGCGCGUGCUGCGGCGCUGCGCCGUGCGCGGGCCAGCUCUGCUGCCAGCGGCCGACAGCACGCGACGCAGGAUGCCGAUGACGCCACCGGCACCGGCACCGGUCUCGAUGAGGAGGACGAGGUCGGCGAGCAAGAGGAGGAGCAGGCGCAGGAAGAAGCGGCCGUGGAUGAGCAGGAGAUGCAGGAGCAGCUAGGAGCCGGCACAGCUCCGCCGCCGCCGCCGCAGGAGGCUGAGCAGGGUCAGGAACAGGACCAGGAGCAGGCAGGAAAGCAGGAGCCGGGGAUGCAGGAGGCGCAACACGCGGUCAUGCAGUGCGUUAUUAAUGAGGGCGGUGUUGCAGCAGGUGGCGAGCAGGCGGACCUGAGCGCACCGCAGGCGCCAGAGCAGCAAACAGCGGCAGCAGGGAACGCUGCCGCGGCCGCCGACGCCGCUGUUUUGCAAGAGCAGCCGCGGGAGCAGGCAGUCUGCAAACGCCCCCGCGCCACCGACGAAGAGGCCGCGGUGGCGGGUGACCACGACGCGGCGGCGCUGGGAUGCACGGGGGGUGACGCCGCUGCAGGCGCUGGGGACUCGCAUGGGCUUGUCGCCGAGGCGGAGCCCGAAGCAGCCCCCACGCCCGCCAAGCGCAGUCGCUUGACCCUCAAGCUCAGGCUUCGCUCGCCAGCCAAGGGAGUGGCGGCGGCAGCGGCGGCGGCAGCGGCGGCGGCAGCGGCGGCUGCCCCUGCGACUGGCGGGUCCUUGAUGGCUGCAGACGGCGCGCUGCCGCCUGCCGACGUCGCGGCUGGCACGAUGCUGGAGCCUGCCGAGCCGAGCGCUGCGGAGGUGGCGGCGAGCGAUUGCGCUGUCGGAGCGGCGGCAAGGGUUGCCGCUGGCGCAGGUGCCUCGGCUGCGCCGUCGGCGGUUUCCCUGGCGGUCGCGGCGCCGGUGCCCCCGGCGCCGCUGCGGCCGCGGCCCGCGGUCGCCACCGCGAUGCGGUCCGCAUUCACGGGCGCCAGCACGGCAGCGCCUGCAGUUGCAGCUUCUGCGACGGCGGCGGUUGAGGCGUGCCGUACGCAGUUGGCCCUGGCCGAUCUGUACGGGCUGCUGUCGGAUCUGGAUCUGAUGGCGCUGCCACGUGACACGUUCGCCGGUGUGUCAGGUGCCGUACCCGCCCGCCACCAGGCCGCCGCCAACGCCUUCCGCCCCGUCGCCGUCAGCUCCGCCGUCGGCUUGGAUCCGCCCGCACCAGAGCACUGGGGCAGCGCCGCCGCCACAGCCACCGCCGCCGCCGCGGCGGCGGCCGCGGCGCAGCUGGAUCUGGAUUUGGACGUUGCGGAAGCUGACGGCGCCGAAGCGCUAUUGCUGGGUGACGCGGAGGCGGAGGCGGAGGCGGCGCAGUGCUGGUCGCUGGCGCACUCGGUCUGCCCCACAGACGAGCUGCCUGGGCCGCUGCUGGCGGUGGCGGCUGCAGAGGAGGAGGCCGCCGGCCUGGGGUCAGGCGAGCCGGCGGGCGCGGUGACGCAGCUCUGCGCCGCGGAGCUUGCGGCCGCCACUACCGCCGCCGUCGGCCGCCACGCCGCCUUUUCCCGCGGCCGCCCUGCGGCGGCGGCGCCGCCACCGCCGCGGCCGCCGCCGCACCCAGCGCCGGGGCUGCUGCUGGGCCUGCACGGAGUGGUGGUGGACGUAUGCGGCGGCGGCGCGCGCGAGGGCUGCGCCGUGGUGGGCGAUGUGCACAACGCGCUCGACCGGCUGGCGGCGCUGGCGGCGCUCGCCAACGUCGACGCGCGCAGCCGCGCCGGCGCGGCGCGCAUGGCUGGCCGUGUGCGGCGUGUACAGGCGCAGCAGUACCUGUCGGGAUAUGCGGGGCUGCAGCUGGAGCCGGGGCAGCUGGCCACGCUGCAGCGGCUGGCCACGUUCGGGUCUGCGGGCGUGUGAAGGUGGCGGGAGGAGGAUGGCGGGCCAGGGCUAGGCGGGUGUGGAGGGUGAGGCUUGGGCGCGUGUGAGGCGGGUUGGGCUGUGGUUGAAAACGUUUGCGUGCGGGUGUUGUAAGCGGGUGGCGAAGCGUGGGAACGCGCAAUGUCCAUUCAUCCACCUAUUUCAGCCGGAUGUGCCGGUAAGGGCGCGCUUCUUGGCAGGACCAUGGCAAGAGACAGUGUGACACAGUCGCUUCCUCAGGUUGGGGUUUUUCUUCAUGGUUGCAGUUGGGCGACAGGGCAGAACUGUCAUAGGCCGUUGCCUUGUUGCCGUACAGUGCACCAUUUCGGGAACACGCGGGACUAUGCUUCUCACCACCCUCUGCUCUUGCUUGUACUCGCAUUUCAACGGGUACACGCGCGCACAUGUGGCGUGCCCCAGUUCGUAGCAAAGUGCUCUUCAUGGACUCUGUAAAUGUACGGUACUGAAUGGCGCCGCUCGUGUCAAACAACCAUGGGAUCACACGCCACAUGCAGAGCUGCAGAAGCACGAUAUGGGAUUAUGGGUUCCCUUCCACGGAAACGAGACUAAGCGAGCGUCUCUUAGAGCUGACAUACAGUAAGUCAAGGCCGUACACACACAUGCUUCCACUACUGCCUGUGUGUGUGUGUGUGUGUGUGUGUGUGUGUGUGUGUGUGUGUGUGUGUGUGUGUGUGUGUGUGUGUGUGUGUGUGUGUUGUGGGUGGGUGGGUGUGGGUGGGUGCGUGCGUGCGUGCGUGCGUGCCUGCGUGCGUGCGUGUGCGUGUGUUACAGUGCCCUCCACGGGUGCGACAUGCCCCAACGGUACUAGGGCCAUUCUCGCAUGUUAUUCCAGUGAUCUG